AUGGAACGAUUGUACCCUGUGGUCAAUAAAACCAAGGAAGAGUACUUUGCCAAUGGCAGGGGAAUGGUACAACGUGGAAGGGAGAUCUAUGGCGACAAUCCAUUUUCUGUGUACACAGGAAUGGGCAGUGUACUCAUCCUCCCACCAAAAUAUGCUUCGGAGAUCAAGAACGACAAUCGUUUUGAUGCUUCCAAAUUCUUGCUCCAGUACUGGCAAGCUGGAAUUCCUGGAUUCGAACCGUACAUCGCUCUUGGCAGCGACUUACUACACGACGUGAUCAAGCUGAAUCUCACCCAGAGCUCGAUGGCCAAAAUGGCGGCCGACCUGUCAAGAGAGGCUGCGGAAGCCCUGGAGGAAAUUUCGACUGACAAUGAGGAAUGGCAUGAGAUUGAUCUGAACAUGACAAUACUUCGUAUUACAUCACAGGUCUCUAGUCUCAUCUUCCUGGGGCCGGAGCUAUGCCGAAACCCCAAGUGGCUCGACGUAACCGUCUCGUACACUGCGAAAGCUACUGGUACAGCUCGUGUUCUCCGUCAGUACCCAAGAUUCAUGCAUAAGAUCGUUCACUGGUUUCUGCGGGACUGCCAAGAUCUCCGUCGAAUGGUCAACGAAGCCCGCCAGACAGUAACACCUAUUCUACAGAAGCGAAGAGACCAAAAGGCAAGCAGAUCCGCGGACUCGGAGUUCAAUGACUCUCUGCAGUGGUAUGAAGAUCUGGCCACGAAGCGCGGUAUACAAUACGAUGCUGCUACCCAGCAGAUUGGGCUCUCCAUCGGGGCGAUACUUACCAGCACAGAUCUUGUCUCGCAGGCCAUGGUGGACCUAUCCAGAAACCCUGAAGCGAUAGAGCCACUGAAGCGGGAGAUUCGUCAAGUCUUGGGAGACGGUGACUUGAAUCCAACAACGCUGCACAACCUAAAGCUCCUGGACAGUGCACUGAAGGAGACACUGCGCAUCAAGCCUGUUGCGGUCUUUGGACUUGGACGCCGCGUGAUGGACAACGUGAAGCUAAGCACUGGGGUGGUACUUCCCAGGGAGUCGGGCAUCGCGGUCUCAGCAGAACGAAUGUGGGCCGAAGAGGUAUACCCGGACCCUCUCAAGUAUGACAUAUACAGAUUCCUACGGAUACGAGAUAGUGCAACCGGUAGUGCCGCCGACAGGGAGGAGGCGGCGGCACAGCUGAUCAGGCGAUUCUUUGGAGCUAAUACUGUCAAGCUGGUGGUGACACAUCUGCUCAUGAAGUAUGAAUUCAAGCCAUCUGACGGCACUGUCGUUGAGCCUUUUAAGUUCGGCUUUUCUAUGCUGGCAAACCCCUCCACGAAGAUGAUGGUUAGGCGAAUCAGAAAGGAGGCUGGAUGGUGA